UUGCUCCCGCUCAUUGUUCAAGGUGGUUAAUUUUAUGAAUGUUUUCCAAAAAACUAAUGAAAUUGUAGGUCUAAUAGCUAAAUAUCAUAAACGCAACGUGAAUUAAUAUCCAGAGAAUAAUAUUUUUGCAAUAAAUAAUUUAUAAGGAUGAGUACGAAGAUUAUCAAGGCAGGCGGCGUGGAGCCCGAUUCCUUCGAGACAUCGAUCUCUCAGGAGCUGGUGCAGUUGGAGACCAACUCCGACUUGAAGGCUCAGCUCAGGGAGCUUUACAUCACUAAAGCUAAAGAAAUUGAACUGCACAAUAAAAAAUCAAUAAUCAUCUAUGUGCCGAUGCCAAAGCUGAAGGCUUUCCAGAAGAUCCAAAUCCGAUUGGUCCGUGAGUUGGAAAAGAAGUUUAGCGGCAAGCAUGUAGUGUUCAUUGGAGACCGCAAGAUCCUGCCCAAGCCCAGCCAUAAGACGCGCGUCGCUAUCAAACAGAAGAGGCCUAGAUCUAGAACAUUGACAUCUGUAUAUGAUGCUAUCCUAGAGGACCUCGUAUUCCCUGCUGAGAUUGUAGGCAAGCGCAUCAGGGUAAAGCUGGACGGAUCACAGCUCAUCAAAGUGCACCUUGAUAAGAACCAACAGACUACUAUUGAACACAAGGUGGACACUUUCCAAUCAGUGUACAAGAAGCUAACAGGGCGCGAAGUCACCUUCGAGUUCCCCGAACCCUACUUGUAAACUUAGACUAUGACUUUACAAUAAAACAAAAACCUUAAA